AUGAAGCACUUCUUGGAGGUUGUGACGAGGGAGGAGGAAGUGAAAACAAAGAAGGAGACGUCACCAUUCUCGUACGCCUCCAACGGGCUCACGCAGCGCCAUAGAAGCUCAAAAUAUGACACCAGAAGACUUUGGACGCCUGACGAUGAUGAAAAUAUCUCCAUCUGUCCUUCCUACGGCUUCAGAACGACAUCACAGACCCUCACCGACCAGGAACAUAUUUACCAGAGUUCACCACGUCAACAGACACCACAGAACGUAACCAGGAGCUUACAGACAAGUCCUAAAGCAGUCCCUGUCUGUUCACACAUUCCCAGGGCACAACAGACAGACACAGACGAGAACCAUGACCCUCACCGACCGUCAUCCUCACAAACACUACUGAGCAAGCCACAGAGAUGUCCUAAGGAUGUCCCAAGCUGUCCUAACGUCCCUCAAAGGAUACAAAGGACCCAAAAAGCCCAGGAACUUGCCCCCAACACCCCCCAACGCUCACAGACACAACAGGACAUCCCCAGCAAGCCACAGAGAUAUCCUGAAGAUAUCGUAGAGUGUCCUAUCGUCCCACAAAGGAUUCAAAGGACCCCAACAGCCCAGGAACAUGCCCCCAAAAGCUCACCAUGCCCACGGACACCACAGGACGCCCGUAGGAGGUCACGGAGGGGUGCAGUAUCGGUGACCUCGUGUAAGGGGCGUAGGAGCAGCCUGGAGUCCUUCGCAGCAUCCUUCCUCCCGCUCCUCCUGAUGCUGACGAUGAUGAUGCUCCCCACGCAAGUCCUGGCUGAUGUUGGAGUUGUUGGUGUUGGCAGUGGUGGUGUCGGCGCCCCCCUCCCCUCCUCCGACGGCCACCCCUUCCUCACCUCCCCCCAUCAAAACCUGACAGUCCCCGCCGGAAGAGUCGCCAAGCUGACCUGCAACGUAGAGGACCUGGGAAUGUACAAGGGAGGCAAAUACGGACCCUCAUUUUCGGGGAAGUAA